GAAAAUAAUGUACCAACCACUGCCUGUAUUGGGUGGGUAACAGAAUUAAUUGCAGGGAUGGGAGGCUGUUGUUGUUCUUCCAGGAAACCUCAUCUACAUGGAACACCUGUAUACUACUAUUUUGCAUUUGGAUUGGAUAUUGGAGAAUUGUAAAUUUACAUCUCCAACCAGACUGCUCUUGUGGUCUACAGACUUUUAAAAAAAAAAAUUAUAUAUGAAUAUGUUUAUUUUACAAAUUAAGUGUUACAAUUAUUAUUAGGAUUUUGUUUUGAUUGGAGUAUUUGAAGUCUGAGCUAGAGGAAUGGUAAGUGUGACAUUAAUAGAUUUUAUGAGGAGUUGAGAUGAAAAUAUGGGGGGCUGUUGUUUUAAUCUUAAAUGUUUUUUCUUGGGAAGGGAUUUCGGGUGUGUCCUGUGGGGAAGCCACUGACGGAAGAAGACACAUGUAUCCACCAGCCUUGGAAGAGCAGGAGUCCUUAACAUCUCCCAGUGGCGGAGGCUCUGCCUUUACAGGAGGACUCCUGGUUGAUUUUCAUCUGGAAGGAUCAACACCUGACACUUUCCGGCCCCCUCCUGCACCUUUGCCAUAUGAUGUUGUUUUCGGAUGUCCACCAUCAACAGAUUCAGAGUCAGUUAAAGAAACUAUUAGUUGCGGUAGUUUUGAAACAUUACCCACAUGUGAAGAUCUUGAAGAAUUAGACUUAAAAAAUCAAGCUAGUUCUUUGCUUGUCUCACCAAGGAAAUCAGAAGUUGCGAAAUUAAAUGAAUCCAUGGUGGCGGAAGAAGAUGACACCUGUCCCAUUUGUCUUGAAGAAUAUGAUACAGAGAAUCCGAAACUUAUCACUAAAUGUGAACAUCAUUUUCACCUCUCAUGCAUUUUGGAGUGGAAAGAAAGAAGUGACUCCUGCCCCAUCUGUGAUCAGGAAAUGAUAUUCGAUCGCACCUUUGAUUAGUAGCUCCAAGUUUCUUUGGAUGUAGAAGUUUCUUUUCUGUUUGAAAUGAUUGCUACAGUUCCACUUCGAUCCAUGGCUGGUUGGCAAAUAGUGCUGAUGGAUCCUAUUUCAUUUGGAUUGUAAUUAUUUUGGAGGUUGAACUGUUUCGAGAUGUCAUUUAUUUGGUGGGUCAAUCCAAAGUAGAGAAAGAAAGUUAUGAUCCAGCGUCGUGGCAGGUUUCUUCUUCUUUAUACCCCUUUUCACUGGUUGACUUGAGGUAAAAGAAUGAUGUGAGCUGCACUGUUGUUGGGGUAAAUCAGAUAUACUUCAUUUUCAAAACACAGAAAUGGUCAGGUGCCCUUUCAUGUGUGUUGUCAGUGUUGAUAAAAGUUCUAUUGUAAAGUGUUCUUCCUCAUACUCAUCUUUUUCUGAAAUUCUUUGCAUGUAUUAUUCUCCAUAUGUGUGCUCAUUGCUGCUGCAUUUGUAAAUCACAUUUGUUUAAAAUUUUGAUGGGUUUGACACAA